CAUGUGUGUCUGUUUCGUUUUGUCAUGUACAUCAUGUGUGCGCGCGAGUGCGAGUGUAAAGGCGAUGGCAGUUGAGCAGCAUCGCCUGUUCAUUGGAGGGCUCUUCAAAGGGAUAUCAAAGAGUGAACUUGAGCAACGAUUCAGCAGAUACGGUGAAGUACAAUCUGUAGAUAUCAUCUCAAGGUUCGAUGAAAAUGGUGAAGUGUACAAAACAUUUGGAUACAUUGAUCUGAAGGCAGACGAUAACAAUGUCAAGAAAUGCCUUCAAACAUACAAUGGAAGCAAAUGGAAAGGUCACAGCCUGACAAUACAAACAGCUAAAGAGAGUUUUCUUCAAAGAUUGAAGAGGGAAAGGGAAGAAGAAAAAUCCAAAGAAAUAGCAAAAAAGGCCAAGAAGACUUUGAGUGCAAAAGAGAGGUUGCAGGAAAGUUUCUCAAAAGCUGGUGUUAAAGAUUUCAACAUCAGGAAUGCUGUACCUGGCUCUGAGAUUCCAGGAGAAAAGAAUUGGACUGUCACAAGAUUUGGACGAGUUGUUCCUAUCAUAUACAUUCGCAGCAAAAACAAGAGAAAGGUGAACAAAAUAGACCCGAGCAAGCACUCUCAUGCCUUCAGAAGAUUCAAAGAUGAGAAGGACAUUACCUUCAAUGUAGAUAAACUGACUUGGGAGUUAGAUGCUGUGGAAGACAAUGUGCAAUAUCAGAAAAGGAUUGGAGCUUAUAGCAUCCCAACAACAAAGAAAAAGAGAAAGCUAAGCCACCAUGUAGAUUCUAACUUGUCAGAAAAUAGUGAUUCCGAAGUUUUAACCCACCAGAGUGCAGGGAAUAUGUUUUCUUACCAGUAUGAAGGUGACAAGAUGAAAGUUGAUGACUUUGAAAUUGUCUCAGAAAAAUAUGGCAAGUUUAGCCAUCAAGAGGCAGAUACAAAGACACAACAUGUAGUUCUUCACUACAGAGUUUAUGAAUCGUCAUCAGAAGAUGAAAGUGUUUCACAUGAAAAUGUUUUAAUACUACCAAAAGCAAAGAACAAUUCUUAUAUAAGUUUAACAUCAAAAAGCACUGAUGGAGAAAAAGGACAAAAUGAAGAAAUUGAUGUUCCAAAUAUUUUACCAGAGACUCAACAGAAAACUUAUAACAAAGAAUUGAUUGAAAGAACUUCUGACAUUUUAGAAUCAGUUUCUACCAAAACAAAAUUAAAUCAAUCAAAUUAUGACUCUGAUAACCAGAAUAUAAAAAGGAUUUCCACAGAUACGGUUGAUGUCUCCAGUAGUAAAAGUAACUCUAAUGAUGAUGAUAAAUCUGAGAAGGAUUUAGAAGAAGCAGAUAAUCAAAUAACAGUGAAAGAACUUGAUUCUCUGAGAAAUAAAUCAGUACCAGAAAAAGUUUAUGAACAAGAUUCUGGUUACCUUAUAUUUGGUACGAAAGAUCCAGUUGAUACAGAGGAAGAUGUUCUGGAUAUGGUGAAUACUGAUUCAUCCAGAAUGUUUUAUUACCAAUCCGCAAUUAAUCCAAUAACAAAUGAAAACAUAGAGUUCAUGGUACUGGAACCGCAGGGUAAAGAAACCAAAGAGUUACAUGUAUUGCAGGAGGAUUCAGAAGAAAAAGACAAAAGCAAAGAGGAAAGAGAAGAAAAUGAAUAUAAAGUGAAUGAAAGUAAAAGAGAAGAUGAAGAAAGAGAAGGAAAUCAAUCUAAAGCAAUGAUAGAUUUCAUAGUCCUGCAAUCUGAAAAAUGUUUGGAGAAAAUGUCUGUUGAAACAAAAGCAAGAAAGGAUUAUGUGCUAGAUGUCGAAGGUCAAAUAGAAUAUGAUGAUACAGAUUCUGUCUCUUCUGCUAACACUGAUGAUGUCUGUUCAGGAAAGUGCAUUAUGAAGUUGGCAGGAAAGAAGUCAAAGAGGGAACCGGAUGCAUUAGGUGUAGUUGAGUUUGGAGACGAGAUAGCUCCAUCAGCAGUUGAAAAUGACCGUGAUAGCCACUUGAAAAACCAAACACUACAAGGAAGUGACAACAGUAGUGUAUAUGGUGAUGAAGAUCAAGAACCCAAUGAAGCUGUUGAAGGGAACAGUAGUGAUGAUGAUGUUGAGGCCAGUAGUGAUAAUGGAAAAAAUAUCGGUAAUAAAGAUAAUGAAAAUGAAGAUGCCAGUACUGGUGAAGAUGUCAAUAAUGAUGAUGGCAUUAGUGAUGAAGAUGGCAGUGGCAGUACAGAUGGAAGUAGUGAUGAAGAUGGCAGAAGUGAUGAAAAUGGUCAUAGUGUUAAAGACAGCAGUAGUGAUGAAGAUGCCAGUACUGGUGAAGAUGUCAAUAAUGAUGAUGGCAUUAGUGAUGAAGAUGGCAGUGGCAGUACAGAUGGAAGUAGUGAUGAAGAUGGCAGAAGUGAUGAAAAUGGUCAUAGUGUUAAAGACAGCAGUAGUGAUGAAGAUGACAGUAGUGAUGAAGAUGAAAACAGCAGUGAUGAAGAAGAUAUCACUGAUGAAAUGACUCAAAACCUGAUGUCACCAAGUUCUCUCGAUGGCAGAGCUGUAUCAGGAAGUAGUUCUAAGAACUUAGAUAUCAAAGAACACAAAAAGGUUCUGGAUCGCAGGGUUCUUGCUGUAAGUCCUGCAAAGCAGGCAUCUUCAAAUAUCAAACGACUGGAAUCAGUGCAGAAGAGGAAGGAAGUGGUGUUAGGACAGAAGAAAGCAAUACAGAUGGCCUUAGCAGCUGUGGAUAGCAAGACUGGACCAGCCCAGGGAAAACACAUCAUCUUUGACUCAGAUGAUGAAGAGGAGCAUGAUGGUAUGAAUAUUCUCUUCCAAGAUAAAGCUGAUCCAUCUAAAUUGACCAACAAGGGACCAAUUCUGUUUGCAAGUGACGAGGAUAGCAGUAAUGAUGAGGAUGAUAAUGCUCGUUUCCAAAUUAAGCCACAGUUUGAGGGAAAAUCAGGAGAAAGAUUGCGUAAACUACAGGAACAGAUUGGAGGUGAUGAUCGAUUUACGAUGGAUAAGUCGUUCCUUGAGGAUCAAAGUGAUGAAGAUGACGAUGAUCCCAGUCAUUUGAUUCCAAACUCUUUCGCUGAUGAAAGUGAUGAAGAUGUUGACAAUGAGGUUGAUUUGAAGACAGAGAAGGAGAAAUCUCUAAGCAUCUUGCAGAGUAUUGUUGGAACUAAAGGCAUCAUUUCUAGACCAAAGGAGAAGAUUGGGCAGAAAUUGGGUUUCAGGGGAAUGAUGAUACGGUAUGAUCCAUCCAGAGAUGACCACACCCAAUAUGAAGUGCAGAGCAAAGAAAAAAGACCCUCCUCCUUGGAAGGAAAAUCUGCAAAGAAAAGUAACGAAGCUCCAGAGAUAAUUGUACCUGAAGUCUCUAAGGAAAAGUACUUUGAAGUGAGUGGUGAUAUUACAAACGCUUUUGGAAAUGACAAAAGAAAAAUUGACAC